UCUUACACUGAAAUCAAACUGUGUCCUAACUUCGAACUGAAUUCUCUCCACUUAGAUCUCUCUUUCUGAAGAAGAAGAGAAAUGCAAAAGGGCAGUGAGGAUUUGGCUUCGGCGUCAGCUUCAGCUUCAGCCUCGAAUACGAGCACUAAGAAGGCAGAGUGGCCACCGCUGCUAAAGAAAUCAAAAACCACAAUUUCCGGCGACACUCACUUUCCUGGUCCGUUAUUCCCCACCGUCCGCCGCGUAUCAGCUGCUCCUCCUUCCCCUCCCCUUCUUCCUCAACUUCCCGAUCUCCGGGUCUCCGUCAGAAACGAGGAUGCAUCUCCAGCUCAUAGUAGCGGGAAUAACAUUACUGACGGUAGCUUGUCUGAUAGAGAUUGGGUUUUCCCGUCGUUUCUCGGGCCUCACGUGGCAGGGAAUCGGGUAGCGUUGAAGGGUCGGCGUGGUAGUUCUAGUGUUAAUGCUAGUGGUAGUGGUAAUAAUAGGGUGGUAGAGGAAAAGAAGGAGAUUGGAGGUGUGUCGAGUAAUUCGGUGGGAACGAAAGAGGAGAAAUCAAAAACAGAGAAGGAAGUAAAAUUGGCGGCAGCUAGUCAAGUUUUGACGACUCAGUCUAGUUCUCUGACUCGGAGCAGUCGGGGAUUGAAACACUCUUUGGUCUCUUAUUUUCUCAUUUUCACUUGUAUAUUAUCUGUAUCUCAUUCAAUUCACCUGCGGAGUAAAGUUACAAAACUACAGGAAGAGAAUAUUAACCUUCAUACAGCAUGUGGCAACAAAAGCGGUGUUGGUAACAACAGCAUCGAAGUUUUGCAACAUGAAGAUUAUAACUCAUUUUAUUUAAGAAAAGCUGACAGUAGGACUAUUGCUUUGUAUACUGUGGUAUUCGCACUCACUAUGCCAUUUUUAAUCUACAAAUAUCUUGAUUAUCUUCCACAAAUCAAGGCUCUCCCAAAAAGAACUAAAAACAAUGAGGAGGUUCCCUUGAAGAAGAGGAUUGCAUAUAUGGUGGAUGUAUUUUUCUCUGUUUAUCCUUAUGCAAAGCUGCUUGCACUACUCUUUGCAACUAUAUUUCUGAUAGGAUUUGGCGGCUUGGCACUGUAUGCAGUUAGUGAUGGUAGCUUUUCUGAAGCUCUUUGGCUGUCAUGGACAUUCAUAGCUGAUUCUGGAAAUCAUGCAGAUAGGGUUGGGACUGGGCCAAGGAUUGUUUCUGUCUCUAUAAGUUCAGGAGGAAUGCUGAUAUUUGCAAUGAUGCUUGGACUUGUCUCAGAUGCCAUCUCAGAGAAAGUAGAUUCAUUGCGGAAAGGGAAGAGUGAAGUUAUUGAAAAGAACCAUAUACUAAUUCUUGGGUGGAGUGACAAAUUGGGUUCACUUUUGAAGCAGCUAGCAAUAGCAAACAAGAGUAUUGGUGGCGGAGUUGUUGUUGUAUUAGCAGAAAGAGACAAGGAGGAAAUGGAGAUGGAUAUAGCUAAGCUAGAAUUCGACUUCAUGGGCACUUCUGUUAUAUGCAGAAGUGGCAGCCCUCUUAUCCUGGCCGACUUAAAGAAAGUUUCAGUUUCUAAGGCACGUGCAAUCAUUGUAUUAGCAUCCGAUGAAAAUGCGGACCAGAGUGAUGCACGUGCUUUACGGGUUGUGCUUAGCCUAACAGGAGUUAAAGAGGGUCUGAAGGGUCAUGUUGUUGUAGAGAUGAGUGACCUCGACAAUGAACCUCUGGUGAAGCUUGUUGGAGGGGAACUCAUUGAAACAGUUGUUGCACAUGAUGUGAUUGGACGUUUGAUGAUCCAAUGUGCUUUGCAACCCGGCCUUGCACAGAUUUGGGAAGAUAUAUUAGGGUUUGAGAAUGCAGAAUUUUACAUCAAAAGGUGGCCUGAAUUGGACGGUCUGCAUUUUGAAGAAGUUCUCAUUUCAUUUCCUGAUGCAAUUCCUUGUGGAGUUAAAGUUGCUGCAGAAGGUGGAAAAAUAAACUUAAACCCAGAUGAUAAAUAUAUACUGAAGGAAGGGGAUGAGAUUCUUGUCAUAGCUGAGGAUGAUGACACUUACACUCCAGGUCCUCUUCCAAAGGUACGCAGUGGUCUUUGUCCAAAACUAGUUGAUCCUCCAAAAUAUCCAGAGAAGAUACUAUUCUGUGGAUGGCGCCGUGACAUUGAUGAUAUGAUAAUGGUUCUAGAGGCAUUCCUGGCUCCAGGUUCUGAACUCUGGAUGUUCAAUGAGGUCCCAGAAAAAGAAAGAGAAAAGAAGCUUACUGAUGGUGGACUUGACAUUUCUGGAUUGGAGAACAUAAAACUUGUCCACCGGGUGGGAAACGCUGUCAUCAGACGACAUUUGGAGAGUCUUCCUCUUGAGACUUUCGAUUCUAUAUUAAUUCUUGCAGAUGAGUCAUUGGAGGACUCUGUUGUGCAUUCUGACUCACGAUCUCUUGCUACCCUUCUUCUUAUUCGAGAUAUACAGUCAAAGCGUCUCCCUUAUAGAGAUACAAAGUCAGCAUCUCUACGGCUCUCUGGAUUCUCUCACAGUUCUUGGAUCCGUGAAAUGCAGCAAGCUUCUGACAAAUCAAUAAUUAUUAGUGAAAUCCUGGAUUCUAGGACUAGAAACCUUGUCUCGGUGUCCAGAAUCAGUGAUUAUGUUCUAUCAAAUGAACUGGUAAGCAUGGCACUGGCAAUGGUGGCUGAAGACAAGCAAAUAAAUCGUGUCCUUGAGGAACUGUUUGCAGAGGAGGGGAAUGAAAUGUGUAUUAAACCUGCAGAAUUCUACUUAUUUGACCAGGAGGAGCUUUGUUUUUAUGAAAUAAUGAUAAGGGGUCGUCAAAGACACGAAAUCGUGAUUGGUUAUCGCCUUGCGAAUGCAGAGCGAGCAAUAAUUAACCCUGCAGAGAAGUCAAAACCAAGAAAAUGGUCCCUUGAUGAUGUUUUUGUUGUCAUAUCAUUAGGUGAAUGACUGAAGCCAAUCAAUGCUUCUGGUGCCACACCAUCAUGACCAUUUCUUCUCUAUGAAUACUCCAACCCUAUCUCUCUCUCAUUGCUGGCUGAUAGGUAUAUACCCAAUUGUAACCAAAAAAUUUUACCCUGGAAAUAAUUUUGACCGAGGGAGCUAGCCACUUGUAGAUUACCACUAUUCAGAUUUGACCAUGGCAAAUAUGUUGUGAAAUUGUAACAUAUUAAUCAUUUUGAAAAUAAGUUGAUUUUGUUCAAAAUUGACCA